ACACGUCGCGACACGUGACGCGACGCGACACGUCACGGCACGUCGCGGGGACCUUGCGGGGCGUCGGCGCGUCAGGUCGGGCAACAUGGCGGCCUCGGCCUCCGGCCUGGGAGGCGGGGGCGGGGGCGUAGGCGUAGGCGGCGUGGGCGUGGGCGUGGGCGCGGGCGGCGCCGGCCCGGGUCCGGAGGCCGGGGACUUCCUGGCCCGGUACCGGCUGGUGUCCAACAAGCUGAAGAAGCGGUUUCUGCGGAAGCCGAACGUGGCGGAGGCGGGCGAGCAGUUCGGGCAGCUGGGCCGCGAGCUACGCGCCCAGGAGUGCCUGCCCUACGCGGCGUGGUGCCAGCUGGCAGUGGCGCGCUGCCAGCAGGCGCUCUUCCACGGGCCCGGGGAGGCGCUGGCGCUCACCGAGGCCGCGCGUCUCUUCCUGCGGCAGGAGUGCGACGCGCGGCAGCGCCUGGGCUGCCCCUCCGCCUACGGCGAGCCGCUGCAGUCGGCCGCCAGCGCCCUGGGCGCCGCCGUGCGCCUGCACCUGGAGCUCGGUCAGCCGGCCGCCGCCGCCGCCCUGUGCCUGGAGCUGGCUGCCGCCCUGCGGGACCUGGGCCAGCCUGCCGCCGCCGCCGGCCACUUCCAGCGUGCCGCCCAGCUGCAGCUGCCCCUGAUGCCCCUGGCCGCGCUGCAGGCGCUCGGCUCCGCGGCCUCCUGCCAGCUGCUGGCGCGCGACUACACCGGUGCCCUGGCCGUCUUCACGCGCAUGCAGCGCCUGGCGCGCGAGCAUGGCGGCCACGCGGUGCAGCCGCCUCUGCCUCUGCCGCCGCCGCCGCCGCCGCCACCACCUCCGCCUCCGGGGCCCCAGACCCAGCAACCACCGCAGCUGCCUCUGGGGCCCCAGCCCGGAGCAGGCGGGGCCCCCGCCCUGCUCCCGGCGAGCCCCACAGGCGCUCGUGCUGCUACAGCCGCUGCUGCUGUCGCCGCGGCUACCACCGCGCCCUCUCAGGCAGCGCUGGGCGCCUUUUCCGACCUGCUCAUCCGCUGCGAGGUGUCCCGUGUGCUGCUCCUCUUGUUGCUGCAGCCACCACCCGCCAAGCUGCUGCCCGAGCACGCCCAGACCCUGGAGAAGUACUCCUGGGAGGCUUUCGACACCCACGGGCAGGAGAGCUGUGGCCAGCUCCCCGAGGAGCUCUUUCUGCUGCUGCAGUCCUUGGUCAUGGCUACCCACGAGAAGGACACGGAAGCCGUCAAGUCGCUGCAGGUGGAGAUGUGGCCGGUGUUGACUGCUGAGCAGAACCACCUCCUUCACCUCGUUGUGCAGGAAACCAUCUCGCCCUCAGGACAGGGGGUCUGAUAGAUCACAUUAGCCAAAUGGCCAUCUGUCACGUCUUGUCUUUACCUUUUUGAGUUGUACACAACCUUUGCACGUAAGGGACACACAAAAGAUGUCCAUCCUGGUUCUCUCAUUUCCUACCAUUCAUUCCACUUGCUGCCUCAGGAAUUUCGUUGAGUGAAUGUUACUUCUCAGAAUCUCAUCGCCAUGAUAAUAGGGGACAAAACCCUUCAAUUAUGAUAGAAUGAAAGUAAAGGAUAUGGCUCUCUUCCAAAAACUGCAACGUUCAAAAUGAGAAUCCUUUUAAUCUUUGCUUCCUCCAUCCUUUCUUGGUGAGCACUUGGGUUUGCACUGCUCAGAGUAUGUAAGGCGUAUGAUUUCAUUGCUACUUUCGUUUCUUGGUGCCUUUCUGUGUUUUCAUGAUCAGAGUCUCUCCGGUGUUUCAUUUCCACACACACGAAUCACGCCUUACAAUCUUUUUGCUGCAGCCCUAAAUCUAUGAUAAAUGUCCUUUGAUUUUCCUGACUUAGGGUUGAGAUUUACCUUAUCUGUAACACGUGACUAUCUUGUCAGGGGGCAAGAAGCUGAACCAGGGAUAUCUACAGUAUCUCUGGCAUGCAGCAUGCAGGCCAUGCUGAGUAAAGAAUGACUAGCAAAGGCCUUUGGGAUUAAUGCAAGGCACAUGUGUCCAACUCAACAGUUAAGUGGCAGUGUUAACUAGUUGAAGUCCCAGUUUUGGUUCCUUUCUCACAGGUAUGUGUAAUCUACAUUGCAACUUUUAUCUGUAAAAGCAACUUAUUUAACAGCAGUAUGUAGUGUGACUUGUUUUGUGGGAUCACGUAUUGUGCACGCAAGGCAGUACUUGUUUCUGAAAAGCAGGAUGUCCUUCCAGUGUCAGAUACUAUGCUUGUGCUGAAAUGUUACAGUGAAAUCUAUUAACAUGUACAAGUAAUAAAUGUUAAUAGAAAAUAAAGCAAGCACCACUUCAAAGCUUUCUGGUCCAAGUUUGACAAGGAAACGAA